AAUCCUGCUUGGGCUCAGGCUUCUGAAUUCUGACUUGUACUGUUCCUGUUCAUCUCCGGCUUGUUCAUCGGCCCUCGCUUGGCCCGUGCCCAACACCGCCCUCCAUUCCUGUUCAUCUCCGGAGUGUCCGGAGUGUCCGGAGUGUCCGGAUUGGAGCCCGUCUGUCUGGUCGCUUGGAUCAUCGCUUGGUCGGGCCUGCCAUCAUCAUGUCGGAUUACGAGGACGAGUUCAUGUGCGACGAGGAUGAGGACUACGAUUUGGAGUACUCUGAGGAUUCCAACUCUGAGCCCGACGUGGACCUGGAGAACCAGUACUACAACUCGAAGGCGCUCAAGGAAGAGGAUCCCCGCAAGGCCCUGGAGAGCUUCCAGCGGGUCUUGGACCUGGAGAACGGCGACAAGGGCGAAUGGGGUUUCAAGGCCCUGAAACAAAUGAUCAAGAUGAACUUCCGCUUGCACAAUUACCCCGAGAUGAUGAUCCGAUACAAGCAGCUCCUGACCUACAUCAAAUCGGCCGUGACCCGCAAUCACUCCGAGAAGUCCAUCAACUCCAUCCUGGACUAUAUAUCCACGUCCAAGCAGAUGGAGUUGCUCCAGGACUUCUACGAGACCACUCUGGAUGCCCUGCGCGAUGCUCGCAACGAGCGACUGUGGUUCAAGACCAUGACCAAACUCGGCAAGCUCUACUUUGAUCGCGCCGAGUACGGCAAGCUGGCCCGGGUCCUCAAGAAACUGCACGCCAGCUGUCAGACGGAUGACGGCGAGGAUGACCUCAAGAAAGGCACGCAAUUGCUCGAGAUCUACGCGCUCGAGAUCCAGAUGUACACCGCCCAGAAGAACAACAAGAAGCUCAAGUUACUCUACGAUCAGAGUCUCCAUAUCAAAUCGGCUAUUCCGCAUCCGCUCAUUCUAGGUGUCAUCCGGGAAUGUGGCGGGAAAAUGCAUCUCCGCGAAAUGGAAUUUGGUCAGGCUCACACGGAUUUCUUCGAAGCUUUCAAAAAUUAUGACGAGUCGGGCAGUCCGAGGCGAACCACGUGUUUGAAAUAUCUGGUGUUGGCCAACAUGCUUAUGAAGUCGGCCAUUAAUCCCUUCGAUUCGCAAGAGGCCAAACCUUACAAAAACGACCCUGAGAUUUUGGCCAUGACCAAUCUGGUCAUGGCUUACCAGAACAACGACAUCAACGAAUUUGAAAAGAUUCUGAAACAAAACCGACAGAGCAUCAUGGAUGAUCCUUUUAUCCGGGAGCACAUUGAGGACCUUUUACGCAACAUUCGAACUCAGGUCUUGAUCAAGUUGAUCAAACCCUAUACCCGCAUUAAGAUCGUGUUUAUUUCUGGCGAACUCAAUAUUGACCCGUCGGACGUCGAAUCUUUGCUGAUUUCCUGCAUUCUCGAUGACACAGUCAAGGGUCGAAUCGAUCAAGUCAAUGGAGUCCUGGAAUUGGACAAAAAACCGGAGGGCACAGCUCGAUAUUGUGCAGUCGAUAAGUGGACCAACCAACUGACCCACCUGCAGAAGAAAAUUGCCAAUAAAAUGUCGUGAUUUCGCUUGCUUGUCGGCCACAAAGAAAGUAACUGUUGCCACCGAAUGAAUAAAAACCCUGAGGCUCUAUCCCCUAA